AUGGCGGAGAAGAACGUACCAGCGCAAGUGCCGCAAGCAAAAAUUGGACAUUACCUGCUCGGUGACACGUUAGGAGUUGGUUCUUUCGGUAAAGUGAAAAUUGCUACUCAUGAGUUGACAAAGCAUAAAGUCGCGGUGAAAAUCGUGAACCGCAACAAAAUAAAAAAUCUUGAUGUGGUUGGCAAGAUUCGUAAAGAGAUUCAAAAUCUCAAACUUUUCAGGCAUCCACAUAUUAUCAAAUUGUACCAAGUGAUUAGCACUCCUACUGAUAUCUUUAUGGUAAUGGAAUUUGUUUCAGGAGGUGAACUGUUUGAUUACAUUGUCAAACACGGGAAGCUGAAGGAUAAUGAGGCUCGUAGGUUUUUUCAGCAAAUUAUUUCGGGUGUAGACUACUGCCACCGUCAUAUGGUGGUUCACAGGGACUUAAAACCAGAAAACCUCUUAUUAGAUCAUCGGCUCAAUGUGAAAAUUGCUGACUUUGGACUUUCAAAUAUGAUGACUGAUGGUGAAUUUUUGCGUACUAGCUGUGGUUCCCCAAACUAUGCAGCCCCAGAAGUGAUAUCUGGCAAAUUGUAUGCUGGGCCUGAAGUAGACAUUUGGAGUUGUGGUGUUGUUUUGUAUGCUUUAUUAUGCGGAACGCUUCCAUUUGAUGAUGAACAUGUUCCAACUUUAUUUAGGAAGAUCAAAUCUGGGAUGUUUCCUAUACCUGAUUAUUUGAGCAAAGACGUGAUAAAUCUGCUGCUGAAGUGUCUACAAGUUGAUCCUCUGAAAAGGGCCACAAUCAAGGACAUUAGGGAACAUGAAUGGUUCAAAGUAGAUUUGCCUCACUAUUUGUUCCCUUCCGCUGACCAAGAUUGCUCUGUUGUUGACCAAGAAGUAGUCAGAGAUAUCUGUGAGAAAUGUAAUGUGACAGAAGAUGAUGUCCGUAAUGCAAUCUACAAGAAUGAUCCUCAUGACAACCUUCUUAUAGCCUAUAAUCUUGUUUUGACUGGGAAAAGUAGGACUAAUUUUGGUUUUUUUCUUGUUUCUUUUUUCUUUUUACUUCUCUCUUUUCUUUUUCUCUUUUCUCUCUUUUCUUUUUCUCUUCUCUUUUCUCUCUUUUCUUUUUCUCUUCUCUUUUCUCUCUUUUCUUUUUCUCUUCUCUUUUCUCUCUUUUCUUUUUCUCUUCUCUUUUCUCUCUUUUCUUUUUCUCUUCUCUUUUUUUUUCUUUUCUCUUCUCUUUUCUCUCUUUUCUCUUUUCUCUUUUCUUUUCUUCUUUUCUUUUCUCUUUUUCUUUCUUUUUCUUUUCUUUCUCUUUUUCUUUUUUUCUCUUCUUUUCUCUCUUUUCUUUUCUCUUCUCUUUUCUCUUUUCUUUUCUCUUCUCUUUUCUCUUUUCUUUUCUCUUCUCUUUUCUCUUUUCUUUUUUUCUCUUUUCUCUUCUUUUUCUCUUCUCUUUUCUCUCUCUUUUCUCUUUUUCUCUCUUCUCUUUUCUCUCUUUUCUUUUUUCUCUUCUCUUCUUCUUUCUUUUCUUUUCUUUUCUCUUUUUUCUUCUUUUUUCUUCUCUUUUCUCUUCUCUUUCUCUUUUCUCUUUUUUUUUCUCUUCUUUUCUCUCUUUUCUUUUUCUCUUCUCUUUUCUCUUUUCUUUUUCUCUUCUCUUUUUCUCUCUUUUCUUUUCUCUUCUCUUUUCUCUUUUUCUCUUCUCUUUCUCUCUUUCUUUUCUCUUUUCUUUUCUUUCUCUCUUUUCUUUUCUCUUCUCUUUUCUUUUUUCUCUUCUCUUUUCUUUUCUCUCUUCUCUUUUCUCUUUUCUUUUCUCUUUUCUUUUUUCUCUUUUUUCUCUUUUCUCUCUUUUCUCUCUUUUCUUUCUCUUUUCUCUUUUCUCUUUUCUUUCUUUUCUCUCUUUUCUCUCUUUUCUUUUUCUUUUCUCUUCUUUUUUCUCUUCUCUUUUUUUCUCUUCUCUUUCUUUUUCUCUUUUUCUCUUUUCUUUUCUCUUUUUUCUCUUCUUUUUUCUCUUCUCUUUUUCUCUCUUUUUCUCUUCUCUUUUUUUCUCUUUCUCUUCUUUUUUCUUCUUUUUUCUCUUCUCUUUUUUCUCUUUUUCUCUUCUCUUUUUCUCUUUUUUUCUUCUCUUUUUCUCUUUUUUCUCUUUUCUCUUUUUCUCUUUUCUUCUCUUUUUCUUUUUUCUCUUUUUUUCUUUUUCUCUUUCUUUUUUCUCUUUUUUCUCUUUUCUUUUUUUUUCUUUUUUCUCUUCUCUUUUUCUCUUCUCUUUUUUCCGCUUUUUUUUUUCUCUUCUCUUUUUUCCGCUUUUUUUUUUUUUUCUUCUCUUUUUUCCUCUUCUCUUUUUUCCUCUUCUCUUUUUUCCUCUUCUCUUUUUCCUCUUUUCUCCUCUUCUCUUUUUUUUUUCUCUUUCCUCUUCUCUUUUUCCUCUUUUCUUUUCUUUUCUCUUUUUCUCUUUCUUUUCUUCUUCUUUUCUCUCUCUUUUCUCUUUUCUCUCUCUUUUCUUCUCUCUCUUUUCUUUUCUCUCUCUUUUCUUUUUCUCUCUCUUUUCUCUUUUUCUCUCUUGUAAUUAAGGCCACAAAAUUCACUUCACGUGAAAUAAGGGAAUUUUACCUUGCCUCUAGUCCUCCUCCUGAUUCAUUUAUGCUGUCUAGCCCCUUACGACCACACCCAGAACGAAUGCCUGAGCUGAAAAAUGUCAACCGCACACUGGAUCCCCUGCUUGCAACAGAAAACAAACUUCAUCAUACUCCAGCCAAGAAAGCUAAAUGGCAUCUAGGUAUCAGAUCUCAGAGCAAACCUCUUGAUAUAAUGUAUGAAGUUUUUAGGGCAAUGAAAGCUUUGGAUUUUGAAUGGAAAAUAGUUAAUCCAUUUCAUGUAAGAGUGAGACGAAAGAAUGCAUCUGGAAGAUAUGUGAGAAUGAGUUUACAGUUAUACCAAGUGGAUCAGAAAAGUUACCUGUUAGACUUCAAGAGCCUGAACUCUGUUGAACCUACAGAAGGAAGUACCUGCCUCCCUGGGCCCUUCAUUCCAGGUGCAAGUAGCCAGCUUUCUAUAACUCCUUCUACAGCCACAUCAUCUACGUUAGCCAGUACCAGUACGUGUCUGGCUGCCUCUACCUCCUCAGAUCCAGGUGAUGAGAGCCAUCAAAGUCCUGCUGCAUGCCACCUUUUUCUCUCACUCCCCCCAUGCAGGUUACUCUCUUUGGUUCAGCUAUUCAUUCCUGGGCUUCCUCCCACCUCGCUCUCUGGGUUUCUUAUGGAAAAACUAUCUUGUCAUUGGUUAACUUUAAUGUUAAGGCUUUUGCCUCAUGUGUCACAGUUUCUACUUGGUUAA